CGAGGGGUGGGAUCGAGAGGGAGCGGGGAGAGAGGCUGCAAUCUCCUCCCCGAAUCGCGCACAGCGCUGCAGAUCCCAGUGCUCCGACAUGCGGGCCGAAUGCAGGUGAGGAAAGGCACGGACUCUGCGGCUGCGAACCCAAACUUGGGCACCGCGCGGGGCGCACAGCCCAGCCUUCGCCUCCGCGGGCGAACGGCUGCUGCGGUUUCAGGAGGCGGCUUCGUGACUAAUGACCUUGCGCAGAGUUGUUAAGAAAAAAGAGAAACCCGAGCUCUUGGGGGUGAGAAAGGACUGACUCUCUGAAGAUGGCUCGAGCUGCUCUUCGGCGCGCUGGGAAGACCCGGACGCGGACUGCUGUGUGACGCGAGUGGUCUAAACUGCAGGGUGCCUGAAGCGACCUGCCGGGGAUUUUUCAUUCUCUAUUUGUUGACUGGUUUCCUCGCUGCCAGAGGAGAGUCGGAGUUGAGACUGGAUUGUUGCUGGCCCCGGCACCUCGUGCAGGAAGCGACUCCCGUUUUCUUGGGCAGCCGGAGCAGAAUCUGGGUCUGGAGUGAGUGGCUGGAACGUGAAUUGGACUCAACUCGAGAAGCAGCCAAGAACAGGGUUGCCAAGCGGCUGAAGCUGCCGGCACGCUCCCCACCGUUUCCCUGCUCCACCUCCCGCCUGCCGGAGCGGUACCGACCCCAUCCGACAGAGCGGAGACCCAAGCCCGGGAACCUCCGCCCGCUGCGGGAAUGACUCUGGGGGAGGUGGGGGGCGCCGGGCCCGCGGCGCGCAGUGUCCCGUGAACUGUGAGUACUGCGACUGAACGGCGGCGGGCGAGCGGGCGAUUAGCACCCGGUGCAUGAAUUAUGAAACAAUAACUUUCGGAAGAAGCUGGAGGAAAAAAAAAAAAAGGAUCUAUCGUUGUUCCCCUCUGGCCACUCUGCACGCUGCUUUCCGCCUCCCUCUUCAUCCUCUCUCUCCUUCCUUCCCGGUGAGCGGAGAAGCCUGGGAGAAGGGCAGGCGGCCGGCCCCGGAGGCGGGAGCGAAGGGGCUGUGACUAGAAGGCACAGUAACAGCAGCAGCACGAGAAGAUGCUGAGGAUGCGGACCGCGGGGUGGGCGCGCGGCUGGUGUCUGGGCUGCUGUCUCCUCUUGCCGCUCUCGCUCAGCCUGGCGGCCGCCAAGCAACUCCUCCGGUACCGACUGGCCGAGGAGGGCCCCGCAGACGUCCGCAUCGGCAACGUGGCUUCGGACCUAGGCAUCGUGACCGGCUCGGGUGAGGUGACUUUCAGCCUCGAGUCGGGCUCAGAGUACCUGAAGAUCGACAACCUCACCGGCGAGCUGAGUACGAGCGAGCGGCGCAUCGACCGCGAGAAGCUGCCCCAGUGUCAAAUGAUCUUCGACGAGAACGAGUGCUUCCUGGACUUCGAGGUGUCGGUGAUCGGGCCGUCGCAGAGCUGGGUGGAUCUGUUCGAGGGUCGGGUCAUCGUGCUCGACAUCAACGACAACACGCCCACCUUCCCGUCGCCCGUGCUCACGCUCACGGUGGAGGAGAACCGCCCGGUGGGCACUCUGUACCUGCUGCCCACCGCCACCGACCGUGACUUCGGCCGCAACGGCAUCGAGCGCUACGAGCUGCUCCAGGAGCCCGGGGGCGGCGGCGGCGGCGACGGACGGCGCGCCGGGACUGCCGACAGCGCCCCCUACCCCGGGGGCGGCGGGAACGGCGCGAGCGGCGGCGGCCCCGGCGGCUCCAAGCGGCGGCUAGACGCACCGGAGGGAGGCGGCGGGACCAACCCGGGUGCCCGCAGCAGCGUGUUCGAGCUGCAGGUGGCCGACACCCCGGAUGGCGAGAAGCAGCCGCAGCUGAUCGUGAAGGGGGCGCUGGACCGCGAGCAGCGCGACUCCUACGAGCUGACCCUGCGUGUGCGCGACGGGGGCGACCCACCUCGCUCUUCUCAGGCCAUCCUGCGGGUGCUCAUCACCGACGUGAACGACAACAGUCCCCGCUUCGAGAAGAGCGUGUACGAGGCUGACCUGGCCGAGAACAGCGCCCCGGGGACCCCCAUCUUGCAGCUGCGUGCCGCUGACCUGGACGUUGGGGUUAACGGGCAGAUCGAGUACGUGUUUGGGGCGGCUACGGAGUCCGUGCGGCGGCUGCUGCGCCUCGACGAGACGUCCGGCUGGCUCAGUGUUCUGCACCGUAUCGACCGCGAGGAGGUGAACCAGCUGCGCUUCACCGUCAUGGCCCGCGACCGCGGGCAGCCCCCUAAAACUGACAAGGCCACAGUGGUCCUCAACAUCAAGGACGAGAACGACAACGUACCGUCCAUUGAAAUCCGUAAAAUCGGGCGCAUCCCCCUCAAGGACGGAGUGGCCAACGUGGCCGAGGACGUACUGGUCGACACCCCCAUCGCCCUGGUGCAGGUGUCCGACCGAGACCAAGGCGAGAAUGGGGUGGUCACCUGCACCGUGGUGGGCGACGUGCCCUUCCAGCUCAAGCCGGCCAGCGACACGGAGGGCGACCAGAACAAGAAAAAGUACUUUCUGCACACCUCGGCCCCGUUGGACUAUGAGACCACCCGGGAAUUCAACGUGGUCAUAGUGGCGGUAGACUCUGGUAGCCCCAGCCUCUCCAGCAACAACUCCUUGGUUGUGAAGGUGGGAGACACCAAUGACAACCCGCCCGUCUUUGGCCAAUCGGUGGUGGAGGUUUACUUUCCCGAGAACAACAUCCCUGGAGAGAGGGUGGCCACGGUGCUGGCGACAGACGCGGACAGCGGGAAAAACGCAGAGAUCGCCUACUCGCUGGACUCCUCCGUGAUGGGGAUUUUUGCCAUCGAUCCUGAUUCAGGGGACAUCCUCGUCAAUACGGUGCUGGACCGCGAGCAGACUGACAGGUAUGAGUUUAAAGUUAACGCCAAAGACAAAGGCACCCCGGUGCUGCAGGGCAGCACCACGGUGAUUGUGCAGGUGGCUGACAAGAAUGACAAUGACCCUAAGUUUAUGCAGGACAUCUUUACCUUUUAUGUGAAAGAAAACUUGCAGCCCAACAGCCCCGUGGGGAUGGUCACGGUGAUGGAUGCUGACAAGGGGCGCAAUGCGGAAAUGAGCCUGUACAUAGAGGAAAACAGUAACAUUUUUUCCAUUGAAAAUGACACGGGGACCAUUUAUUCCACAAUGUCUUUUGACCGGGAACAUCAGACCACAUACACAUUCAGAGUUAAGGCUGUGGAUGGGGGAGAUCCUCCCAGAUCAGCCACAGCCACAGUCUCUCUCUUUGUGAUGGAUGAGAAUGACAAUGCUCCCAUGGUUACCCUUCCCAGAAACAUUUCCUACACUUUGCUGCCACCUUCAAGUAAUGUCAGGACAGUAGUAGCUACAGUCUUGGCAACAGACAGUGAUGAUGGCAUCAAUGCAGACCUUAACUUCAGCAUUGUGGGAGGGAAUCCCUUCAAACUGUUUGAAAUUGAUUCCACCAGUGGUGUGGUUUCCUUAGUGGGAAAACUGACCCAAAAGCACUAUGGCUUGCACAGGUUGGUGGUGCAAGUGAAUGACAGUGGGCAGCCUUCCCAGUCCACCACCACUCUGGUGCAUGUGUUUGUCAAUGAAAGUGUUUCUAACGCGACUGUGAUUGACUCCCAGAUAGCCAGGAGUUUGCACACGCCACUCACCCAGGACAUAGCUGGUGACCCAAGCUAUGAAAUUAGCAAACAGAGACUCAGUAUUGUCAUUGGGGUGGUUGCUGGAAUUAUGACAGUGAUUCUAAUCAUCUUAAUUGUAGUGAUGGCAAGGUACUGCCGGUCCAAAAAUAAAAAUGGCUAUGAAGCCGGCAAAAAAGAUCACGAAGACUUUUUUACACCCCAACAGCAUGACAAAUCUAAAAAGCCUAAAAAGGACAAGAAAAACAAAAAAUCUAAGCAGCCUCUCUACAGCAGCAUUGUCACUGUAGAAGCUUCUAAACCAAAUGGACAGAGGUAUGACAGUGUCAAUGAGAAGCUGUCAGAUAGCCCGAGCAUGGGGCGAUACCGAUCUGUUAACGGUGGGCCUGGCAGUCCUGACCUGGCCAGGCAUUACAAAUCUAGUUCUCCAUUGCCUACUGUCCAGCUUCACCCCCAGUCACCAACUGCAGGAAAAAAACACCAGGCCGUACAAGAUCUACCACCAGCCAACACAUUUGUGGGAGCAGGAGACAACAUUUCAAUUGGAUCAGAUCAUUGCUCUGAGUACAGCUGUCAAACCAAUAACAAGUACAGCAAACAGCCAUUUCGUAGAGUGACGUUUUCUGUUGUGAGUCAGCCUCAGGACCCACAGCAGGGGUCCCUGCAGAGUUGCUAUGACAGCGGGCUGGAGGAGUCAGAAACACCAAGCAGUAAGAGCUCAUCAGGGCCAAGGCUGGGUGCCCUUCCACUCCCAGAGGACAACUAUGAGAGGACCACGCCGGAUGGCAGUGUUGGUGAGGCAGAGCAUAUGGAAAAUGACUCACGACCUCUUCCAGAUGUAGCCCUGACUGGGAAGUGUACUCGCGAGUGCGAUGAAUACGGCCACUCAGACUCCUGCUGGAUGCCCGUCCGCACUUCUCCAGAGAGGAAGAAGAGCCAGCCCAAACUCUCCACUUUCAUGCCUGUCGAUGAACGAGGAAGCCAGGAAAAGCUGGCCAAUGGUGAGGCCGCCAUCAUGGGCGACCGCAACAGAAACCUCCUGAACAAAAAGUUGACCUCAUCCUAUGAGACCUUCAGUGCAGCGAGUCUCAGCAAAAAUGAGGAAGCCAACCCUGAGGAUAUUCCCCUUACCAGAACAGGAGAAUACAAGCCAUCUCCCGUCAAUACUCUCACUAGAAGAGAAGUUUAUCUGUAGGCUAUAAAGAGCAACAGCAAAGUUCUUUUCAUGUAUGAGAAGGAGAAUAAGGGGCAAAACCCUUACAGAGUAAAACCAUUUAAUCAAAAAGAGGGGGCUACCAAAGAGACAAAGCUCUGCCUGCCACUUCUGCCUCCAGAUCAGGCCUUUAGUGAUAAUGUCAGCCUGAUUGUAAUGUACAAUGUAGAAACCAUCCUUGUUACUUGCAUGUUGAACCCCCUCACUGAUUAUUCCCAGCACUCCCUCUCCCUCUUCCCCACCCUGCUCCAAAAAGAAGAGAGAAAAGAAAAAAAAAGAUGGUUGCAAGUUUCUUUGAUGGUAACAAGCCUGAUGAGCAGAACACAACACACACUCAUCAUCCCUAAGCUGAAGCAUGAUUUUAGUCACUUUGAUUUAGUUCAAAUGUCAACUGGCUGGUCAAUAAAAGCAGAUACGGUAAAAUGUGUUUCAGACAUACCAUCAGAAUAUGUUUAAUCACCAUAAAAGGAAAUCCCUAAAAAAAUGAUUGAGUCCCCCUGAAAGUCCAGUCCCUAUAAAGGGGGUCUCUAUAAGAAACAUCUUGGGAAGAUCACAGUUUAAUAUUCUAACAAAGACUGAAAGCUGAACAGUACCCAGUUGGAGACUGCAAUCCCAAAUUGCACUCCUUUUCAAAUCAGGACCAUCAAUCUCAAUUCCAUACAGUCGUCAAAUAUUCUUAGUAUACACACAAUCUUGAUUGACCACAUAAAUCAAGUACACUAAAAACAACUUGUAAACAUUAUAUAUAUAUUUUUUCAGAACAGCACCAGUGUUAACAACUAACUGGAAAAAUUGUGUCCUUAAAAGGCCAAAGAUCAUAUGGCAGAUCAGGGAAUCAUGAAGUAGGUUUGGUCUUGACAUGGAAAUCCGUUAAGCAACAAAAGCAGCUGAACCCAUGGACUGAAACACUCCAACACUAGUCUACUUUACAUCGUCUCUAUACCCAAAAAACAGGCAUUUCAUUUUGAAAUGGAUUUUCAUUGAAAGCUCAGAUGAGAUGUAUUUUUGGUAUUUUAAUAGAUAGUUAGUUGAGGUUCGACUUUAGUUUCAAAAAAAUAUCAGGGAAGAUUCCACUUUUUGUGGGAAUGUAGGGAAAGAAAGAUACAUGGCCAUACAGUCUUAUAACUUAAGUCCACUAUUAUCACUUUAAAAUUCAGAUUUUUCCUGUUGGUCUUAUUAUCCACAUUUCAAAUUACCAAUUAUAUUUGUUUACAUGUUCAGUGCAUGCCUCCAUAUUACAAAAGUGCAUUAAUUUUGAAUCCUGUGCAAUGUAGCACUAUUUUGAGAAUCACAACAUUGAAACAAGGUGACACCCUAAUUGACUUUGUCAUUAAUGUGAUUCAAACAUUUUUUAAUAUAUGUCUUAAGAUAAAUUCAGACUCAACAUGAUAAAAUGAGUUCUGGGUAGUGACAUGUCUCAUAGUAUGUACAUCUCAAGGUUGGAAAAUAUGUAGCUUUUUUUUAGUGUAAUAAAAAAACAGAAUAUGCAGAGUUGUGUCACUUUCUCUAUAGAAGAUGAUUUAAUACAACUGUAAAUUGAGCUGGGAUAUUCAGACAAAAGUGACAAUCCAGGGACAAAAUAAGGGGUAACAGGUGAAGAGACAAACGUUCCCAUCACUGAAUGUUUGUAACCUGGUUAAGACAGAGCCUUGAUGGCUCUCUAGCAAACUGUAGAAACAAUGUAAUUUUGGAUAGUUUCAUGCUUUGCAGAAUUUCUUAGACUAUAAGGUGAAGCAGCCUGGAAUAUAGGUUGUUAAUUCACUAUAGGUCAUCAAAGCUUAUCUUUGAAAACCACUUCUUUCGGGGGGUACUCUUUUGGGGCCAUUUCCUUAUGCUCUUUCUUAAAUGGAGUUUUCAUUGAUGCUAGUUUAUGUAUAAUAGUUAGGAUGAAAGAGGAUAUGUAAUUGAAACAAAAACAUUAGACUAAAAUAUCAAUAAUUAAACAUGUUUAUGUUUGAUUAUUAUUUACAUUUUGGAAAGAUGCAAUUCUAGUACUUUGUUAGGAAACUGCAUUAAAGCAGUUCUGCCUUGUAUAAUCUGUAAGUACCUAUUAAGACAAAAUACUUCUAAAGAUACUUAUGAAAUGUAUACAUAUUUUUUCUUGCACGUUACAAAGGAAAUAUUCAAUUGCAUAACACAGGUGUUCAAGAAACAUUUUAAUGCAUUUUUUUUCAUUCAUGAAACACAUGAAACCAUUAGAUAGCUCAUUACACUGUAUCUUAAAACCCUUCAGUUGUCUAUAAAGCUAAUACGGGUCAUACUGGACCUUCAGAUUAAUUUGGAUCCACAUUCCCCAAUUACAUUCACACCACAUUCAGGACAGUCAUGUCAUUGUCAUUUAACUUGUGAGCCUCUCUUUAGAACUAAAAUGGGUGUGAAAGAAAAAAAUUCAGUGUACUGUAAGUAUUCACAGUAAUUCUAGUAGAAUUAGCUAUCAUAACAUGCUUAUACAAUGAACUGGCAUGACACAGAAAUAUAUUUUGUGUUUGUAUGACUUUUAUUUUGAAUAGGUUAAAUCUGGUGCCACUUCAUAUAUAGAGUGCUUUUGAAAAAAAAUCAAUAAAAAGAAACAAAAAAUAAAUAAAUGAGUGAAUGCAAAAUAAGCAACUGUGCCUUUUAUACCUGUUGUUAUGGUAAAAAAAAAAAAAGGUUGUUGGGUUUGGACAAUGAGGGAAAAUGGGCUAUUCCCGACUUUUUGAUCCUGUAUAUUUAUCCAUGUUUAUUUUCUGGAAAUAAUAAAUAAUAUAUUAAAAAUUUGCCUUCUGACAAACUCAGAUAAUGGACCAGUCUUAAAUAUCGUUCAUUCAUAAAAAAAAAUUAAGGCAUUGAUAUGGGUUGCUUAAUUCUCACUCAAAGGCUAAAGCAUUCAUUGUGAUAGUAACACAGACAGAUAUUAUAAGAGGUGAAAUCAGUCCAUUUUGCAAGGUAAAAUAUUGAUUUAGAAUUCUAUUCUUUAUUUCAUUUUUGUUCCUUUUCUUUUAGCUACUGCUUCAUUUUGGUUGUACAGUAUAUAAACCAUACUUGCUUUCUGUACACAAGAGUCUCAAGUGAACUUUGCAUGCAUUACACAUUAGGACACAUUUAUAAAUUAAUGAGUAGCUAUACAAAUUUAUGUGUAUUAAAACAUCUGUAGCUUCUGUCUAAAAUCUAAUGUUCAUUCUCAACCUCCAGAUAUCAUUUCCAUAUGGUUUCUGACUGGCCUGCUGCCUGAGUUUCAAAAAACAAGGGAGGCAUUAUUUUUAUGGAAAGAGAAACUAAGAUCGUACUGAAGAUGGCUGGCUGAAAGGCUGCCCUAGGAAACUGUCUUCUAGGAAAAUAAAACACACAGACCAGAAGAAGUUGCCAAGAAUCAAAUAGCCAUCCGAAAACAAGCAUGAGAAA